AUGCCCGCCUCGUCAGAGUCCUCAAUGGAAACUUUGGAGAUCCACUCCAAGGAUUUCUUAAUCAAAUGGAUUAACGCCCCAGAGAACUCCACUAUCGAUUGGCAGGUGAAACCUUUGAAGAAGUCAAUCAAUUUCUCAUUUUAUCAAAGAAGAGACGAUACUGCUUCAUCUCAGUCCUCCCUUGACGCUUCGGAGAAAAGUGCACCUUCCAGUGAAUUGGCUCCUCCACAAUUAAGAGCAAGAACAGGGUCAACGGCCUCAGUAAACCAAUUCAAGAGGUCGAAUGAUGUCUACAAGUCAAAAUCAAGAACGUCUACUUUGUCCUCAAUUGGAGAAUCAGAUCUUUCUUUGAUCAAAAACUACAACAAGUUGAUUGCCAAUGAGUUGGUUCAUGGAAAGUUCCACACUGAUACAGGAGGAAUGUUUGCAUUUGUAUUUGACAACUCCUUUUCAAAAACUAUUGCCAAAUCUGUUCAGUUUUCUGCGAACGUGAUAGCCACUGAUGUUUCACAAGAGGAAAAGAUCGAGCACAAUGAUCAACAAGUGUUUGAUAAUAAUACCGACAAUUCUCUCGCUGGAGAAGUCUUGCAAAGUGUCAUGUUAAAGAAGAGAAGAAAGAAGUUGCAAGGAUUUGUCAAGCGCUACUUUGUGUUAAAUUUAAAGAGGGGCUCCUUAUCUUAUUUCAAAGUUGAUGAUAACAAAUUGAGGGGUCAAAUGCCCGUGAAGGAAGCGAUCAUUUCUGCAAAUCCUUCCAACAGACAGUUUAUUAUCGAUUCAGGUAUGGAGGUAUGGCAUUUGAAAGCAAUAAAUCAAGCCGAUUUCAACGCAUGGGUCAAUGCUUUCAAUGCUAUCAAGAGACAGGAUAGUCCAAAUACAGUGACUUCUAAAUCACCAACCCCGUUUAAGUCAUCUACUGAGCUAAACAUCAUUUUACAAAAAUUGGACAAGUUAAGGCUCGAAAAUCCUUCGCCUUUAGUCGGGGAGAUCCACCAAGACAUCUUAAACUUGAUCAGCAGGAAAUCUGGAGAGUCUUCAGAUGGCCAAGGUUCGUACGGCGAUUUGCAAUCCGUCUACACGUCAGAAUAUCACGAUGCAGAAGAAGAAUUUGACAAUGACGGAGUCAACUUCCUCGACAAUGAAGGUUAUGCGCAACAACCAGAAGAUGAGGAUAUGGAAGUAGAAGAAAGCUCAUCAGAUGAGGAGGAAGAUGACGAUGAAUACCUUGACAAGAAACAGCCUCAACAUUCUGCAGCAGGAGUCGCUCCUAUUGAUCAAACACAAGGCAGUACAGAAAACAAGCAAGAAUUGCCACAACCAACAGUUGCCAGUGAUGAAGGCUUGUACCCAUUACCUCAUGAACCAGUUUCCCGGAACUCAGAUAUACCAAACUGUAAACAUUCACCACCAUCAUUACUCAGUUUUGUCCGAAAGAAUGUUGGAAAAGAUUUAUCAACGAUUGCCAUGCCGGUUACCUACAAUGAACCCACUACAGUGCUUCAAAAGUUUGCAGAGAUGCUUGAAUACCCUCAAAUUGUUACCAAUGCAGUAGAAUCAGAUUUUGAGGGAGAUAACGGAGAAAAGAUUUUAAGGAUUGCUUCAUUUGCAUUGAGUUCACUUUCUUCACAGAGGGCAAAAGAGAGGAAUAAACGUAAACCAUUCACUCCAUUGUUGGGUGAGACAUACGAGUUGGUACGAGAAGAUCUUGGAUUUAGAUUGGUUUCGGAGAAAGUCAGUCAUAGACCUCCUGUUUUUGCCUUUCACGUUGAUACUGAUAAUUGGACAAUGGAUUUUGCAUUGUCACCAUCUCAGAAAUUCUGGGGUAAACAAUCCGAAGUAACUACAAAAGGAGUGGUUGUAUUAACGGAUAAGUUAAGUGGCGAGGAGUUUACCUGGACUCAACCCACAACCAUGAUCAAAAAUAUCAUUGCAGGAGAGACAUAUGCUGAACCAAAUGGAACAAUCACUGUCAAGUCAUCCAAAGGGUACAAGGCAGUAGCUGAAUUUGCAAAAGGUGGAAUGUGGAGUGGAAGAUCCGAGGGAGUCGAAGUUAAAGCCUUUGACAAGUCAAAGAAAGAGUUGCCAUACACUGUUUCUGGAAACUGGACUGAAAAGUUCAUUCUCAAAACAAAAUCAACCGAAAAGAGCAUUUGGCAAGCUGGCGAAUUGUUGCCCAACUAUCAAAAGAAAUAUGGUUUCACCACUUUUGCUGGAACAUUGAACAAAAUCACUGAAAUGGAGCAAGGAUUCAUUCCACCAACUGAUUCAAGAUUAAGACCUGACUUGCAAGCCUAUGAACAAGGUGAUGCUGAUAAAGCCGAAGAGUUAAAGAAUAAACUUGAACAAGACCAACGUGUGAGACGAAAACAGAUGGAGGAAAAUGGUACUGAACAUGUUCCUCAAUUUUUCCGGUUUGUUGGUGGUAAUGAUGAACCUGUUGAUGAAGGUAAAUGGGAAUUCAUCACCGGAGAAAACAGCUAUUGGAACAGGAGAAAGAAGCAAGAUUGGCAGGGAUUGGUCAAAUUGUGGUGA